AUGACGACAACCUCCAAUCAUCCAAUAUUGUUUCCGUAUGUGAUGUCCCGCAUUCCAAUCCGCGUGGGAGCCGUAAGUACUGUUUACCGCGGGCCUGGUCCUGCCUACACUAAUUCACAGUUGCAUAGACCCUUGAAACAGGGCAGUGAAGACAUGCAGUUGAAGAAGUUGGCUGGAUUUAUGAGCUGCGCUAACCGCAGAGAGGAAAUGUCCUGUGAGGCACCGCUGGAUCGUUACCUCUUCCGAGGCAGAGCUGCCGCAGUCGACUUCGCUAACGAUUCCAAUCCUGUCUAG